AUGACUAACGAAAAUAAAAUUACUAUGACUGUCAAAGGUGAUGUUGGUGUAAAACGCAAAAAAUACGUCAACAGAGAGGUUGCCGAAGAUAUGCUUGGAGGUACUUUUUCGUACAUCAAUGGUAAAACUUAUAUUAUUACGAUUGAUAAUAACACAAAAAUGAGAAUCUCAAGCUUGAACACGGACAUCGCAAGAGUUUAUUUCUUUAAUAAUAACAACGUCCAAGUGCCAGUUCCAAAUGGGAUGGUUAUGCAUGAUGAUGUUAAUAAUUAUAAUUUACGUCAUUUUCGAGGUGAAUACCAUAUUUCCUGGAUAUAUAGUUACACAUUAUUUUGGAAUGGUAAUGUAGUUGUCCGUCUUUAUAAUCAAAAGCAACAAGCAGUUGAUAGAGGUGUUGGGUUUGAAGAUUAUGAGGUAGAAUAA